AUGUUUGCUCGCGCAAUCCCACGAGCGACCGGCUCGCGUGCCGUCCACUCCACCGUGCCCUUCACCUUCCGCGGCAUGGCUUCGUCGACACGCCGAGCGCCCCGGGAGAAGAUCCCCUCGUCAUCGAUUCGGAUCCUCCGCAGCGUCGACUCCGUCCGGGCAUGGCGCCGCCCGCACCUGCUCGACCACCGACUCGUCUCGCUCGUGCCGACCAUGGGCGCCCUGCACCGCGGGCAUCUGGCGCUGAUCCGCGCCGCCGCCCGGGAAACCCACCAUGUGGUGGUCUCCAUAUACGUCAACCCAGCGCAAUUUGGUGUCAAGGAAGACCUGGCGAGCUAUCCCGUGACUUGGGACAGCGACUGCCGGAUUCUGGCCGAGCUGGAUCGUGAGCUCGCCGACGACGGCGGCAAUCUCGGCCGGAUCAGCGCCGUCUUUGCGCCGACCACCGCCGAUAUGUACCCCUCCGGCUUUCCGGGCCAGGAGAUUGACUCCAAGGGCUCAUUUGUGACACUCACGCCCGUGGGUGAGGUUCUCGAGGGUGCAAGCAGACCGACCUUCUUCCGUGGCGUCGCCACCGUCUGCAUGAAACUCUUCAACAUUGUACAGCCCGAAAAGGUGUACUUUGGCCAGAAGGAUGUGCAGCAAACGGUGGUGAUCCGUAAGAUGGUCAAGGACUUCAUGAUGCCAAUUGAUGUGCAGAUUGAAGCGACGGAAAGAGAGGCCGAUGGCCUUGCGCUCAGCUCCCGAAACGUAUACCUCGGCGAGAGAAGGAGAAAGGUAGCAACUGUGCUGAACCGCGCUCUCAGGGCAGCAGAAAAGGAGUACGCAAACGGAAAGCGAGACCGAGAGUCGAUACUGGGCGCUGCCAGCAAGGUUACGACAGAUAUCCUCAACGAGCAAAUGGCACUGGCUCCGGAACAAAGGGUCAAGUACGAGGUCGACUACAUUGCCUUGUCCGAUCCGGACACAAUGGUGGAGCUGACAGAAGUCGACUCGACCAAGGGCGGUAUUCUGAGUGGAGCAGUCAAGAUGCUGCCGGUCGAGUCACCGCAACCAGGAGAGGAUCUCGGUCACAGCGGUGGCCCCUCAGUAAGGCUGAUUGACAAUAUUGUCCUCAGGCCAACUGCAUAA